CUCCAGAGGGAUCGUAUUUUUAAGAACCUCACUCGGAAACGCCAGCGGGCGAUGCGAAGGCGAGUGCAUCAGGUGAACGGGCACAAAUUCAUGGCUACCUACCUGCGCCAGCCUACGUACUGCUCACACUGCAGGGAGUUCAUCUGGGGCGUGUUUGGGAAGCAGGGAUACCAGUGCCAAGUAUGCACCUGUGUUGUACACAAGCGCUGUCAUCAUCUAAUUGUUACAGCUUGCACGUGCCAGAACAAUACUAGCAAGACGGAUCUCAAGGUGGCUGAGCAGAGGUUUGGGAUCAACAUUCCUCAUAAGUUCAGCGUCCACAACUACAAAGUCCCGACUUUCUGUGACCACUGCGGUUCCUUGCUCUGGGGAAUCAUGCGACAGGGCCUACAGUGUAAAAUCUGUAAAAUGAACGUCCACAUCCGAUGCCAAGCAAACGUUGCACCAAACUGUGGGGUGAACUCAGCAGAGCUUGCUAAAACCUUGGCGUGCAUGGGUCUGCAACCAGGAAGCAUUUCCCCAAAUUCGAAACUGGUUUCAGGAUCUACUUUGAGACAUCAGGGAAAAGGCAGCAUGAAAGAUGGCAACAGUGUCAGCGAAAGCUCAGCGAGCAAACUUGGGAUCAAAGAUUUAACCUUCCUCCGUGUACUGGGAAAGGGCAGUUUUGGAAAGGUGAUGCUUGCCAAGAUGAAAGAGAAUGGGCAGCUCUAUGCAGUGAAGGUGUUGAAAAAGGAUGUCAUUCUCCAAGAUGAUGACGUUGAAUGCACCAUGACUGAGAAACGCAUCCUCUCCUUAGCAAGGAACCACCCGUUCCUCACCAAGCUCUACUGUUGCUUCCAGACUCCUGAUCGCCUGUUCUUUGUGAUGGAGUUCGUAAAUGGCGGGGACUUGAUGUUCCACAUUCAGAAGUCGCGUCGCUUCGAUGAAGAUCGGGCCCGGUUCUAUGCUGCAGAAAUUAUUUCAGCUCUUAUGUUUCUCCAUGAAAGAGGCAUCAUUUAUCGGGACUUGAAGCUGGACAACGUGCUGCUGGACUACGAGGGCCACUGCAAGCUGGCAGACUUCGGAAUGUGCAAAGAGGGCAUUCACGAUGGCAUUACCACAGCCACCUUCUGUGGUACACCAGACUACAUCGCUCCGGAGAUCCUGCAAGAGAUGCUGUAUGGCCCUGACGUAGACUGGUGGGCCAUGGGCGUGCUGCUGUAUGAGAUGCUGUGUGGCCACGCACCCUUUGAGGCAGAGAAUGAGGACGACCUCUUCGAGGCUAUUCUGAACGAUGAAGUUGUCUACCCAACGUGGCUCCAGCAGGAUGCAGUGGCAAUCCUCAAAGCAUUCAUGACGAAGAACCCCAACAUGCGGCUGGGCAGCCUGGGGCUGGGCGGCGAGAGCGCGAUUCUGCAGCACCCCUACUUCAAAGAUCUGGACUGGGACCUGCUAAACCAGCGUCAGAUGGAGCCACCCUUCAGGCCCCGAAUUAAAUCCAAAGAUGACGUGAGCAACUUUGAUCCAGAUUUUAUAAAAGAGGAGCCCAUUCUGACUCCCAUUGAAGAAGGAAUCCUUCCAAUGAUAAACCAAGACGAAUUUAGAAACUUUUCAUUCACGAGCCCAGAACUGCCGCAGUAGCUGUGGCUCUGGGAAAGGGCUGCUGAGAGGAGUGGGGGAAAAUGAAAUGAAAACCAAGUUUACCAGAAAUUUCAUUCACAAUCAAGGAGUAACAGUGCACUGACUUUACGCAACACAGCAGCACCACUGUCAACAUUACCUUAAUGUGAAAUUGAAACCUUCCUGUGUUUGCAGGGUUUAUGCAGAUCCUGGAUCAAAUAUUGACAGGGGUGGAACAAACACGGUAUUGUACAUAGCUGAUGCAGACAGAGAACUGAAUGCUGAGCUGGUUGGCUCUGCCUCAAUGUCACCGCUUGCAGUGGAUUUGAGGAGUCGGCGUGAGCAUGAAAGUGUUUUGCAGCUCUGAGCCAAACAGACUUGUUGCACUUCUGAUUGUUUGCGAGGCUUUUUUGAGGAGUCCCAGCACUGCCCAGCAUUUUGGAGCUGUGACCCAGCAUCCCGUGCCCUGACUGAACCAGAUGUUCCUACUGACUUUACCUGUUUCUGCAGUAUUUAUUUCUUUCUGAAGGACAAAUGGCUCUCUCUGUCACUGUUCGGGUUUCCAUGUGAAAUAUUUCAUUGUGCUGACUAGCAGAAGGAAAAAACCAAAUGCCCUGUGCCCCACACAGACUCUUCCAGAUCCAAGGGAAGCCACGUGCUCAUAGUGUGAUACC